UUAAUGAAGUCUGAUGAUUUAUGAUUGAUAAAAUUCUAAUUCGUCAAAUGUACUAAUUAAAAGGUAGUUUAAAUUCUGUGCAAUUUUGAAUCAUUUUAGGAUUUCCCCAAGUAAGGGUGAGAAACGAGUGUACCUACGAAGUGUUAUGUCAAUGAAAAAUCUGAUGGACAAGUUCUUGUUCGUUUGUGUGUUAAUGAAUGGGAUUUAAAAAUAAUUACUGAACCAAAAUAACUGUCACAAUGGGAUAGUAUAGUACACACAAGACUGAAUCAGUGCGUUUCAAUACACAGAAAACAAAUAAUUUACACUUCGCUAGCAUAUGUGAAGAGAUUUGUCCACUGCCCGGAAACAUUUUGUUUAAAACAGAAAGUGAUCACAUGUUUUCUAUGACAAUACAUAAAUAUUCUAUGUUAUGAAAGAUUUUUUGUAAAAUGUCGGGAUCUGUAAGGAAGAAGACUCGCUUACGCCAAGCUGUGGCCAGACAAGAAAGUAUUCGAGAGGAGCCUAAGAAAGCUCAAUGGAGCAACCAGGAAUAUACAACAGAAGAGAUAUUAAAACAGUUCAGUUUACCGCAGAUUGUGAAAUGUAACCAGGACUCUGUUAGGAUUCGUUCUGACACUCCACUGCCUAUCAACUUUGGCAACCCACUGGUCUUUUAUGACAAAAGAACCGUUCGGAAACUGCUGGCCAAAAAUAUUGGUAUUGAUGCAGUGACAAACAAAUACCACGAGAUUAAUGAUACUAUUGUUAUACCUGCCGAUUAUGAAGGUUUAUUUCUAAGAUUGCAGUCAAGAACAUGCAAAGAUAAUACAUGCUACAGGAGUAUUGAAGCAAUGGCUAAAAAUAAUGUGCGAGCUUUCCUAAACAUGACAAAAUUUACAGCCUUUCGCAUUGGUGAAAACGUUACCACGAACGAUUAUACCAAAGUAGAUUACACUCCUGGUAGCGUGUUCAUCGUCGAUAGUGUUUGUACCGGAACUUCCAGGACAAGAAAGGAUGUUGUUCAACACAGUUAUCUUAAAUGUAAGGACGAGAAGGAUGUUCUGAUUCUAAUACCCUUCCAUCAUCCUGGGGAAUUCUCCGAGGUGUUGACAAACAAUAACAGAAUGUCAGUCAACAGUGAAUAUCUGAUUGCAAAUCAAAAGUUUCCUAUGGUUGUGCGUUUUAUAAGUAGUAAACAAAAGCCUAGGCUGAAAUCUUUUUCUGGAUUAUUCACUCUCAUAGACUCGUUUGAAGAAUCUACUGUGAUUGGAUGUGUUUUAAACCCAUCAGGAUUUACCAUGUUUGAACUGCCCGUAUCUUCACCGCUGUCGUUCCAUUUAGCAUUAAACAAUCAGGAAAUGAACCAGCAUCCUGUGGUCAAAAAUGCAUUGAAAUUGUGCGAGGCUAAAAAUAAACUAUAUGCAAAAGACAUGAAGUACAAGUUUAAAUUUGUCCAUAAAAUUGGACAGAAACAUUCCACCGUACCAGAAGAUGAUGAAAAUGACGACCCAACAAGUGCUCUGGAUAGCGCGAGGUUCGGUGUUACCAUUACUUAUCUGUAUAUUUGAUGGAGGGAUAAACCUAAAUUCGUUUAGCUGUACUGACUGUAAUGAAAGUUAAAAUUAAAUCAAAACGUGACUUUUGAAAAGGAUUUAAAAUGUGUUAACAUGCAUCUAUAAUGGUUUACUUGAGCUAUAAUGGUUUACUUUUAUAAACUAUUAUUUGGUUGGAGAGUUGUCUCAAUGGCACUCACACCACAUUUGUAAUGCUUUUGCAUCAUGGAUUAAUUCUUUACCAUAUACAUGUAUGAAGUUCGUGAUACGUCAUUGUUAUGUUCCUGGAAAUUAUAAAUUCCUGAUAUAGUAGCUCCAUGUUAAUUGUGGUGGAUAUAUUAUUUACUUUAAACCGUCUUUUAUUGAAUAAAUGUUAAAUGUUU